AUGGGUUCUACUGUGACUGGCACCAAGAUUCUCCUUAUUGGAGAAAUCGAUCAUGCGCAAAAGACUUGGAAUGCACUGAGUGACCUCGGCGAGCUAGUCAAGACAGCAGCAAACAAUCGCGCCGAGUUUCUACAGGAGUGCCGCGAGGGCAAAUACGACGGCGUCGUUGCCAUCUACCGUACCUUCCACUCUAUCUCCAUCACUGGCUUGAUCGACGAAGAACUGGUGAAUGCACUGCCAAGCUCAUUGAAAUACAUGGCACACUGUGGAGCUGGAUAUGACAUGAUCGAUGUCCACGCCUGCAGCACUCGCAACCCUCCCAUCCGAGUGUCCAACGUCCCCACCGCAGUGGACGAUGCCACAGCUGACGUGAACAUCUUCCUUAUCCUCGGUGCUCUGCGCAACUUCAAUGGCGGCAUGCACGCCCUGCGCGAGGGCAAAUUCCGCGGCGCAAUCGGUGUUGGCCAUGAUCCCGAAGGCAAAGUCUUGGGAAUCUUGGGAAUGGGUGGUAUUGGGCGUAACCUGAAGAAAAAGGCUGAGGCUUUUGGUAUGAAGGUCAUCUACCACAACAGACGUCAGUUGAGUGAGGAGCUUUCGGGUGGAGCUCAAUACGUGACUUUUGAUGAGCUGCUUGCGGCCAGUGAUGUGCUCAGCCUGAAUCUGCCAUUGAAUAAAAACACUCGUCACAUUAUCAGCAAGGCGGAAUUUGCCAAGAUGAAGGAUGGCGUAGUCGUGGUUAAUACUGCCCGCGGGGCGGUUAUGGAUGAGGCUGCGCUCGUCGAGGCUCUCGAUAGUGGCAAAGUUUUCUCUGCUGGUCUCGAUGUCUUUGAGGAGGAACCGAAUAUUCACCCUGGACUACUGAGCAACCAUAAUGUCAUGUUGGUGCCUCACAUGGGUACUUGGACUGUUGAGACCAUAACUGCGAUGGAAGUAUGGGCCAUUGACAAUAUUCGCCAGGCUCUCGAGACUGGAAAGCUUAAAAGUCCUGUCCCCGAGCAAGCCGAUAUGUAA